CAGAGUAAAACAUGGCCGCUGUACGGCCUGAGCCCGAGGAGAGCCUGGAUAACCAAUGCGAGAACAGUGAUUUACGGAGAGAUGAACAUAAAGAAGGUGAACGCGAGGUUACGGCAGAUGGAGCGCCUCAAUCCGGGGAGGAUCGUUUGCAAGAAAACGCGAACGCACAAGAAGCGAAAGAGCCCGCAGAGGCGCGGAACGAUUCACCCGACCAGAGUGGAGAAUCGGACCGGGGGAAGGCGCGUGCGAGGCGGAAACUGGGUGAUGCUCCACAGGAUGGCGAGGAGCUCGCGCUGGUUUGGUCCGGGUCAGAGGAGGAGCUGGUGGGGAGGGGGGCGUGCAGCAUCUCGGGCAAACGGGGCACGGGGCGUGAAGUUCAUCAAGGCACACCAGAGGACCAGACAACAGAAGACCUUGACUUAGAUACUGAAAGUAUCAUAGAACAUGAAGAAAUCAUCGCACAAGAUGAGGAGGAGGAGGAAGAGGAGGAACUGACAGAUCUGAGUGUGGACAUGGAGUGUGAUGGUGACUCUCAGGAAGGGGAAGAGGAAAAAGGAGAGGAAAUGUCAGAAGAGGAAGUAGGAGAACCCAAAGGUGAAGUCCAAAGCAAAGAACCCGAAGAAGGAGUGGAUAGAGUUGCAGGAGAUAAUGAGAUGUGCCAUGGUGCUGAUGUUACUGAUAAGCAGCGGAAAACCCGUCUGAACUGUCGCGACUGUGGCAAAAGCUUCACUCGACGAGAGACGUAUGACCUGCAUCGCCACUUCCACAUGCAUCAAGACGAGCAAGCGUCUCUUACCUGCAAAGAAUGUGGCCUCACCUUUCAGCAUCGCAGCAGUCUCAUCAAGCACCGCAGUGAGCACAAACAAAAUGGUCUACCGGAUUCGACGUUGGUCUCUUAUAAGCGGUCUCAGCUAAGGGAGUUCAGGGAAGAAAAGCUAUAUGAAUGUGAUCACUGUGGUGAAUGCUUUGCAUCUCUGAUCCGAUUUAAGCUUCACGCCUGCCAGCAGAGCCUGGAGAAGCCUUACCGCUGUCCGCUGUGCCGCAAAGAGUUCCAAUACAGAGUGUCCAUCAAUGCGCACAUGCAGAGCCAUUCGUUAGAGUGUCCUUACAGGUGCCUUGAAUGCAAUAAGGGCUUUCAGUGUGCUGUAACAUGGCACAUUCAUCAGCGCUCUCAUGCUGCCCUUAAACCUUACGAAUGCCCUGACUGCGGCAUGGUCUUUAGGCACCGCUCAUACAUGGACGACCAUCGCCGCAAACACACUGAAGAACGGCCACACCGGUGCACCAUAUGUGGCAAAACCUUUAAAUACAGCAGCCUUUUGCAGCAGCACCAAUACCUUCACACUGGCCAGAAGCCAUACCGGUGCACAGAAUGCGGGAAAAGAUUUGCCUUUGCGCAGAAUAUGCGUGCACACUGUCGCCAGCACAAGAAACUUGCUACUUCUGCUGGUUUUGAGGCAGCUAUUACAGAAAAUAAUGAACUGCCCAAUGGCAAAGAUUUGGGAUCGAUAGGAAAAGAGAACACCAAUACAAACAUGGAGUACCAGCGAAACUGUCCACUGUGUCCUCAGCUCUUUUACAAAGCAGCUGAUCUUAGGGCCCAUAUAUUGACACACGAAGCAGAAUAUGAAAACCUGAAUAAUGGGAAAAAAAAUUACAGCGUGUUCUCCUGUCCCAGUUGUCCUCUCCAGUUCUUAGAUGAAUCCACCUUACAGUCACACGCCUUGACUCAUCAGGUUAUAGCAACUCCACUAAAGAGGGAGGUUCUCAGUGUGGCCAGCUCAGCUAGCAAUGAUAAUAUUUCAGCCGAUGGAGAUUGGGGAGACCCGAUGGAAAAAAAAAGUUUAAGAUGCAAGGAGUGUGGUAAAAGCUUUCGUUACCGUUCCGUUUUAGAGCUUCACAUGCGCAUACACAACAGAGGUUACCAGUGCCACGUUUGCAAAAAGUCAUUCCGAUUCAGCAGUUAUUUACAGCAGCAUUUGAUCAUCCAUUCCGGCAAGAAGCCAUACAAGUGUCCUGACUGUGGAAAGGACUUUGCGUUUCUUCAGAACAUGAAGACUCACCAGAGACUGCAUCAACAGAAGCCUUUCCGCUGUACACAGUGCCGCAAGGGUUACAGCGAUGAGAGUCAACUACAGCGCCACAUGCUUUGCCACUCAGGAGACAAGCCUCACAAAUGUCACAUCUGCAACAAGAGUUUUGGUUUAGCCUACUUACUUCGUGACCAUCUGAAUACACACACCGGUGAGAGGCCACACCGUUGCCAAGAGUGCCAUAAGUCAUUCCCCUGGCUAAGCAGUCUUCUUGUUCAUCAAAAAAUACAUGCACGAAAGCGUCAAGGAGCAAACCAGUCGUACUCUUCGACUGUUGGUUCCCAAAGAGGAAGGACAGGUGCGGGUGGACGGGGCAGGAGAAGUGGUAGAUGGGUUUCAAGUUGGCCAAGAAUGGGAGGAAGUGUGGACAGGGCAACACAGUUGCAACAGAAUCCUUUUACUGAUCAGAUUUUGCCCAGUUCCGUGUCGAACUUGGUGGGGCAAGAGUCAAAUGUGUUUGAAUCAGAUAGGAAUGAGCAAACUCCGCUUAUGCCUGUUCAGUUGCAACAACAGUGGCAAAUUCAAAUUCACUCACAGCUACAGCAGCAGUCUAAAUGGACAUCUGAAGGACAGUCUAAUAAUUUCAGGCAACAAUGGCAGUCAGCAACACAUCUCAAACCUAUCUUGCCAAAACCAGAUGGUCUACCCAAGAGUUCUAGCUGGGCUGAGGCGGCAGCAUCAGGACAAGCUGGCAGUGCUCUCAAACAGCUUCCUGAGAGCUGCACAGCGCAAAAUAACAGUGACACGGCUUCAACUAGCACAUCAUCUCCUACUAAGAGCGAUGGCUUAUCCAAAAAUGAGGCAAAGGUGCAGCAACAACCUUCUUCAUGGGUUAAUUCACCAUCAACUCCAAAGUCACCAGGCACUGCAGAUGGGUCUUUAUCGUCGGAUGCAAAGACUCGUUCACCAGUGGCCAACACUCAGAAUUCUCCAAGCCAAGGGUUAAAUAUUCAAGGUCAAAACACACAGCAGGGUAAUGCAGAAUCUGAUAAAUCUGAGCAACCACAAUUACAACAAUCGACUACUCUAGCCAGUGCAAUGAUUUCAACACAAACAAGGCAAAAUGCAGAUUCGGUAGAUGACAGUGCUACUAGUAAAAGCAACAGUAAGCCUUUAAAUAUUGUAUCUUCUCUUGAAAUCUCUAAGAGUGUCAGCUCAAAAGACAAACCUGUGAAUGAAACAGGGGCUCAGCCUCCCCAGCUCCAUAUAAUUCCGUCACCUUCACAGCAGCAACAUCAGCAAUUGCAACUGGUCUUGCAAUCACCACAGCAAAUUCAGCUUCUACAGCAGACUGUGCAACCUGAACAGUUACAACUUAUUCAGCAACAACAAUUCCACCAGGCCCAAACAAAUACUUUGGGAUCAGUAAGUGUCCAGUUUGGAGCAGCUCCUUUUUCUCAUGGGAACGGAAGCGCGGUGUUCGGGUUCCAGACCACUCCAGUUGUUUCCCAAGCUCUGUUAAACGGAUCAGUGCAGCAGGGGCCACAGCAGCAAGUGUCUGCCCCUCAAAUCAUCUUAAAUCAGGCCGCUCCAUUUAUUACCUCACCACUCCCUUUGGCGCCUCCUCUUGCCUUGCCAGGUGCUCAUCCCAUCCAUACUAUAGCAGGGCAACUUCCUGGUCCAGCACCUCAGAACAUCGUCUUCACUCCACCAGGCAUAAUAAACGAAAGACCAGUAUUGCCACAGGCUUUGCCCUCAACUCAACAGACUGAACCGAAAAAACUUAUCGGUCAAAUUUCAUUUGCCACAGAUCACCGCUUUCGUUGCAUGAUCUGUGGAUGCACGUUACCUGGCGAACUAGAAUUACAGGUACACUAUAUGCAACACGUUCAAGGUGAGGUCUGAUUUGUAUAAUGUUAAUGUUCAAGUUUCUGGCUGUUAGUGUGCCAAAAGAACUGUUGUAGGUGACGCUUAUUGACUCCUCAAUUCUGAAUUUCUCCUUGUAUUCCGACUGUGUGAGAUGUGAAGUGACCACCAGUAAUUAGUCAGUUAAUACAAAUGAGAUUUUGCAACAUGUUCAACAUGUACAGGUUCAAAUAUUCAACUGAGUUUAUUUCACUUCGCAGUUUAUUUCUCACACAUGUUAAUCUAUUGCUUAGAUUUCUAAGUAGUUCAUUUUUGUUUGUUUGUUUGUUUUUAAUAACUUUCAGUUAUAAUAUUGGACAAUGCCGUUGUCCCAUUGUCCACCUGGAGAAAGUUUUGUGCUUAUACAGACCCAGGCUAAUGUUCUCAGUCUGUAAUGACACAUUGCACUUAUUCAUCAAAGUUGCAAAGAAACAACUGCAGAGAGUGCAGACUGUCAUGUGUGAUUUGUGUCCGAUUCAUAAAACUGUUAUUCUACAUUCCAUUCCCAGUUUAUGUAAGUGAUGUAAUAGUGAAGCAGUAAAAUAAAUAUAUUUUCUCAGGCUUUCAAAGAUACAAUGUAAAUCCAGGAAAAGAGGGAAAAAUCGGGCGAAGCCAAGUAAAAGUUACUCAUAAAAUUUUUUUGGGUCAAAAUCUGGUUCAAAAUUAAUCUGUUUUCCAACCUCACAUGCUGGUAUGUGAAUUAUAUUUAUGGCAGAGUAUUUUUAUUCAUUAUGAAUAGGUCAAAUUAGUCACAAGUUGAAUUUAUUUAGAUUUAUUUAUACAUAGAUGUGUAUUCAGUAUGAAUAAAUAAACAAAUCUUUAUUUCAUAUAAAGCACUAAAAUAAAUUAAUUGAACACUAAGGAAAAAAAUGACUGAAGUAAAUAAAAUCAUGCCUGGUGUGUUUUGGUCUAAUGGAAUAAACUCAAAAACAGUGUUUUUGAAUAUCCUGCCUGUCUAAGAUCCAGGACCAAAUCACAGUAUAUGCUGCAUCUUGAACAUGAAUACGCUUAUACAUUUCAAAUACUACUUAACUUUCUGUGUGUUAUAUGUAUUGAUUUUUUGUUUGGGAUUAUUUAACUGAAAAUCAUGCCUUUUAGGUUGUCAAAAUGUGCCCCAAUUAAUUUUGUCAGACAAAAAGUUUGCUUAGGUUUUAUGAUUAAAUUUGAUCCGACGCAACUUUAAUGAAUAAGGGCUAUUAUUUGUAGACUUAUGGUCACAUUGGUUUCUCUUGUUUUAUUUACUGUACAGCAUUUUGUGUCAAAUAUCUGAAACACUGAACUGCUUUUAAUGUUUAAGGCCUGUAUUUGUAAGUUAAAAUGGCAAACACAGGAGGAAAAUAUCACUAGGACCUUCAUGUAAGAUCACUGAAAGUUUUCUGUCUACCUCCGUCUGAUCCUUGUAGUUUUAGAUUCAAUAAAUUUUGAUUUGAAUCAGAA